GCACUACUAUAAAGUCCUCAAGGAAUCAAAAACGAAAUCAAAAGAGGAAUCACUCACUGCUUUGGCAAAUCUACCAGAUGCAGUUAAAGGUGUAAGUAAUGCUCCCAAAGAAAUGGGGGAGGGCAGCAUAAUGGAAGUCAAAGAUAACAAACUAAAAAUCACAGAGAACCCACAGCAACUUAGCUCCUGGUUCAA